CUCUGGAGGGAAAGCGGAGCAGAAGAGCGAAACAUGGCGACAUCGAAUAAUCCGCGGAAAUUUAGCGAGAAAAUCGCUUUGCAUAAUCAGAAACAGGCAGAAGAGACAGCAGCAUUCGAGGAAGUGAUGAAAGAUUUGAGUAUUACCCGAGCAGCGAGGGUAAGCUUACAGAAGACCCAGUAUUUACAGUUGGGACAAAACCGUGGGCAGUAUUAUGGCGGAUCAUUGCCAAAUGUCAAUCAGAUUGGAAAUGGCACCAUUGACAUGCCUUUUCAGACUCCCUUUCAAGGUUCAGGUGACACCAGCAGGACUACACGGCAUCAUGGAUUGGUUGACAGAGUUUACCGGGACAGAAACCGCAUCACAUCUCCACAUGGAAGGCCCCUCGACAAACAUGGACGCCAAAUUGAUAGCUGUCCGUAUGGCUCGGUGUAUCUGUCACCCCCACCCGACACCAGCUGGAGGAGGACAAACUCGGACUCUGCAUUGCAUCAGAGCACUUUGAACCCGCAGGAUAUUUUUGCAGGAGGCUCACAGGACUUGCAGCUUAAACGAGUGCUUCUGCUUCAUGUACCAGGGCCAGAAGACACAGAAUCAGAUAUGGACAAAGACGAACAAAAACAGAACUGGGAUGGCAAAAAGAAUGUCUCAUCAAGGUCCAAGGUCCCAGGAAUCAACAUAUUCCCGUCUCCAGAUCAGGAGCUGACCGUGUCACUGAUGCCUUCAGCCCAAAACACGGGCGGUGGUUCCCUGCCUGAUCUGACCAACAUCCAGUUCCCCCCCCCGCUGCCCACCCCCCUGGACCCCGAGGACUCUACCCUCAGCGCCUACAAUAGCACGGGAAACCUGGCAACCAGCCACUCAUACAGCUUCAGUUCCACCAGCCAAGGACAGACCACAGCCCAGCAGGGCAGGCAGGACAACAACAUGGUCAACCAGGACUCCCACCAGCACCAGUCCCUACAGCUCUCCCCCACCCUGUCGCCACCCCUCACCCUCGCCCAGGUAGCGGAGACCAUAGACGCCAUGACACUGGAGGCACAGUUGUCCCAGUACACGUUCUUCAGCCAGCCCUCUUCUCAACAACAACAGCAGCAGCAGACCACUCAAGGACUGACCAGGCUGGUCCAGCUCCCCUCCCCUCUGAACACCUCUUCCAGCCAGACACAGAACUCCAUGGAUAUGAACUCGGGCUCUUUCCCCCAACAGUACCGCAGUAGGGCUGGGUCUUCGGCCAAUCAGUCUCCAACAUCUCCAGUCUCCAAUCAAGGCUUCUCACCUGGAGGCUCGCCUCAACACCACUCCAUAUUGGGUAGUGUAUUUGCUGACUUCUAUGACCAGCAACUCACAUCCAGACAGACCAGUGCUCUCUCCCAACAGCUGGAGCAGUUCAACAUGACAGACAACAACAGUCUGUACAGCCAGGGCUCCACCCUCAACUACUCCCAAGCAGCCAUGAUAGGUUUGAUGGGUAGCCACGGCAACCUGCAAGAUUCCCAGCAGCUGGGCUACAGUAGCCAUGGCAACAUCCCCAACAUCAUUCUCACAGCCACCGGAGAGUCACCACCCAGACUGCCGAAGGGGUUGUCUUACAGCUCUCUGUCGGCUGACAUCAGCUUCGACGCGGACUCUCAGUUUCCCUUGGACGAGCUGAAGAUCGACCCUCUGACCCUGGAUGGGCUGUACAUGCUCAACGAUCCUGACAUGGUCCUCACUGACCCCGCCACGGAAGACGCCUUUCGGAUGGACCGGCUUUAGAGCCGCUGCCAAGUUGACUGACUGUCUCGGAGGAACCCGGCCUGAGGGGAGAGGGAUAUUUUGGGAGUGUGGUAGCUCGUGACUAGGCCCCAGCUGUGCAGUGUAUUCAUCCCACACUCCCACUCCCUUCACCAGCCACCCCUUUCUAAGAGCCAUGGUAAGAUGAGCUAGUAGGGAAAUGGUCGACAGAGUUUGCUUUCUCCCUUCCUGAUGGAAAAGAUGGAAGGGCGACAUUGUCAUGUUUGGUGGAUAUUGCGCUUAAGGUUCUGCCUGUGACCAGUCUGUGCUAACCACAUGGGGUAACUUAUUUAUUUAUUUAUUUUAUUAUAUGCCUCCUGCCAGCCUUUCUGUUGGAUGCUUUGGUUUUUGUAAAGGAAAACAAAAUAGGAUACAAACUACAUUGGUCUUGACUUCCAUUUGAAGACAUUCAAUUGAUUUAAAAUCAUGUCUGCAGUGGAAACUGCUUAUCGUUCUCUUUUUUUUUUUUUUUACCUUUAUUUUACUAGGCAAGUCAGUUAAGAACAAAUUCUUAUUUUCAAUGACGGCCUAGGAACAGUGGGUUUAACUGCCUGUUCAGGGGCAGAAUGACAGAUUUGUACCUUGUCAGCUCGGGAUUCGAACUUGCAACCUUUCGGUUACUAGUCCAACGCUCUAACCACUACGCUACCCUGCCGCCCCUCUCAUCUGCCAUACUAGAUUAGCAUGUCUCAUUAUCACCCAUCUGCUUUUUCACAACCACCCCUCUAUUGGCUAAUCUUGCCAGUCUCACAUUUUCAUCAGUGCACUUAACCGCGCUGUCAUUAAUUCACACUAUACGGUGCCUUCAGAAAGUAUUCACACCCCUUUACUUUUUCCACCUUUUGUUCUGUUGCGAGAUGGGAUUAAAAUGUCAUUUUUUUGUCAAUGAUAUACACCAAAUGCUCUAAUGUCAAAGUGGAAGAAAAAUUAUAUAUAUUUUUUUAAAACUUUAUGGAAAAUUAAACACUAUCUUGAUUAGAUAAAUAUUCAACCCCCUGAGUCAAUACAGGUUAGAAUCACUUUGGCAGUGAUUACAGCUGUGAGUUUUUCUGGGUAAGUCUAUGAGAUUUGCAUACCUGGAUUGUACAAUAUUUGCCCAUUAUUCUUGAAAAAAUUAUUCAUAUUCUGUCAAGUUGCGUGUUGAUCAUUGCUAUACAGUCAUUUUCAAGUCUUGCCGUAGAUUUUCAAGUCAAUUUCAAGUAAAAACUAUAACUAAGCCAUUCUAUGUCAUCGCUGUAAGCAACUCCAGUGUAUAUGACCUUGUGUUUUAGGUUAUUGUCCUGCUGAAAGCUGAAUUUGUCUGCCAGUGUCUGUUGGAAAGCAGACUGAACCAAGUUUUCAUCAAGGAUUUUGCCUGUGCUUAGCUCUAUUACAUUUGAUUUUGUAUUUUUCUUUUAAAGCUCCUAGUCAUUUACAUUUACAUUUAAGUCAUUUAGCAGACGCUCUUAUCCAGAGCGACUUACAAAUUGGUGCAUUCACCUUAUGACAUCCAGUGGAACA